AUGUUUGGCAUUUCACAUCCCAUUUUCCAGGACGCCUUCUUUGCAGCUGCUGAGAUCUUCGAUGAAGAUGAGGUGGACGUGGCCAUCAUUGGAGCUGGACCCGGUGGAACCUUGAUGGCAUACCUCCUGGCCGAGCAGCAUGGGAAGGUUUGCCUGAUCGACCCUAUGGCCUCAAAGAAGUGGCCCAACAACUAUGGCGUUUGGCAGGCGGAGUGGGACGCCCUGGCGGCAAAAUUGAGCUUGGACUUGAGACAGUGUUUGCAAGUUGAAUGGGAAGUCACCGACACCUUCUUCGGAGGUAGUUGGGAGUUGCCCAUUGAGAACCGUUUGCGACUUCAAAGACCAUACGCCAGAGUUGACCGCAGCAAACUGAAAAAGCUGCUGCGGAGCAGCUCCAAAGUGAAGGUCAUCGAAUCGGAAGUGGAGGCUGAAGCUGUGGCCUCCAAUAUCUUCGAUAGCCCAGCGAUUCGCCACAGUGCCACAGGAUCCAUCAUCCUGCUAUCCAAUGGCUCGGCAGUUCGUACCAAGCUCAUCGUGGAUUCCACGGGCUUCGAAUCCCGCCUCACUCGACGUCUCCCUGCAGCGGGGCAGCCACCAGCUCCAGCACCGGGAUAUCAAAUCGCCUAUGGUUGCGAAGUGGUCGGCGGUCUCAAAGUCGUAGAUGGACCAUUGCAUUAUGCGCCAGAAGCGAUGACCCUCUUUGACUACAGAACGGACCACCUGAGUUUCGACAAGGAAUGGGAGGAGCGGGCCAAGAAAGAGCCCACCUUCAUGUACGUCAUGCCUUUGGGUCCUGUUCCGGGUGAAGCAGACGCACAACGAGUGUUUUUUGAGGAGACAUCACUCGUGGCACGUCCUGCCAUCAGCUUCGAAGAAUGCAAGCAGCGAUGCUUUGCGCGACUGAAUCAUUUGGGUAUUUCCUACCGACCAGAGACCAUCUCGGACGAGGAAUUUUGCUACAUCCCAAUGGGAGGUCCGCUUCCGGAGCCCGGUCAGCGCAUCAUUGCCUUUGGAGCAGAAGAAGCCAAAGCUGGACUCCUCUCAGAGGGCAGCGGCAAGGCCGGUGAGGUGGAGUUGGGAAUGGGAUUCGACAAGGAAGCAGCUAAAAAGACUGCGGGUGAGAUCAAAGAUGAGACCUCCAAGUUUGCCAAAGAAAUCGGAAACGAAAUUGGGAAGACCUGGGAAUCGAUGCGCGCUGCCAAAUUCACCGAGACCCUGAAUGCUGAGGACGACACCAUGCCGAAGAAGGCUUUGAAGUGCUUCAUGACCUAUUUGAUGAAGCCUUUGAUCAUCGUCCUCAUGAUCUACGUCUUCAUUAUCCGAAUGCUGUACAAGGUGUACCAAGUGUUGCCGAUCCACUUGUUGGAGAUGAUCUUCGGCGUCGGCCUUUGCUUCUUUGGAGGUGUGUACUUUGCUUCCAUCGCCGCUUUUGAAGCCUUCCGCAACUUUGGUGGUCAACUUCUGAUUGAUGAGCUUUCAUUGUGCUGGGAACAGGCACUCUUGGUCAAAGCGGCAAAUGAAGAGGACGACAAGAAAGAUCUGGACAAGAACGGCGUGGCGGAUGUGCAAGAGAUGGGAUACAACGAGCUUAUCACCCACAAGGCAAAGAUGGCGAUGAUGGCAGUGGACAAGCCAGAACGUUUGAUGAAGGCCUCUGAGUACCUCUUCACGGCAUGGGUGGCUGUCAUUGCAACUUUGAAGUCUCAGUUCGCUAAGACUGUUGCGAUUGCCCUUGGAAUUGCAGAUCAACUGCAGCUGCCGGCCAUUCAAGUCUUUGGCCCCACAUUGGCCAUGUUGCUCGGAAAGGACUUGUCUCAUUGGACCGCGCCAAUCAUCGGCACCACCAUCAAAGUCAUUGCCGUUGUGAUUUCCUCCUACAUCCAGGCGGUGAUCAGUGCCUUCUACUCCGGAAUCCGCGGUGGACGUUUGUUUGGAGAAGCGUUCAUGUAUGGCGUGAUGCCUUACAUCAGCCCUUACCUGCCUGAGUGCAUGGGCGUGAAGAACUUUGAUCCGGCCGAGUCAUACAUUGAUGAGAUUCUGGGCUUCCCUCUUGCCGCCGCGGGCUUCUACUAUCAAAUCACCCACGGUUUCGCCUUGGAGUUCCCGUACAGCCUCAUCAUGUUGCCUUGCACCAUUGUGGAGUGGGUCAUCCGCUGGCACAUCUACACCUAUAAAGAUGAUAAAGUGAAGGAUGUGGCGGAUGCCAUCGCAGAUGGAUUGGGAAAAGGUGAGCGAAACCAAGCGCAACGAGAUUUUGCGAUUUUUGGUGGCGAGUUCCUGAUGGAAUUGGACGUCGCUGGUCUCCGCGGAUGGUUUCAAGGUUUCUUCAACCUUCCAGAGGACCUUUGGGCGGGUUUUCUCGCAGGAUGGCCUUCUCUUCCUGGAAACAAGAACCAUGAGUCUUGGCUGGCACGUUUGACCUUUGGCUUACAGCUGGUCACAAAGAUUCCCCCACCCGUCGCCCUGAAACUCAUUGCCGCCAUUGGUCGCUUCUCUUUGACCUAUGGCGUGUCGUUGAUCCGUUCAGUGACGCCUUUGUUUGGCACCCCACCGUCCUACGCUUGGACCCCUCCAGUGCCCAAAGAAGAGAUUGGAGACGUGGCCGCGAAGACAGAAGCGCUGGCCAUGAUGAAAGCGGGAAAGCAAGAAAAGCAUGCAGCUAAAGAUGCUAAAGAGAAAGAUUGGACCAUCCCAGUACCUCGGAUGAAGCUCCAACUACGACGGAUGCAGGUGCUGAAUGGAGGUGAGAUCAACCAACUGCUCCAGUAUCUGGACACAUCAGGCAUCGGCCGAAUUUCCUACCGGCCUUUCCGUACAGCGGUGGCUGAGUUCCUGGCCAUCAGUCGGGAUUUUCAUUCCGCCCUAUCGCCUGAAGAGUUCAAUGCCAUCCUCUGUCGAAUUCAGGCAAGGCUGCAGCGUACUGGCAUGACAUUCUCAGAGGCCAUGAGGGAAGCAGAAGGCAAAAACAGCCUUCCAGGUUCACAGUUUAUGCAAAGUUUGAGAAACUUGCGACUGGGUUUGUCCAACAAAGAAGUGGCACAAAUCUUCAAUUCCCUCAGUGCAAACUCCUUCAGAGUGGCAGGCACUACCCAUUUGCCAAAUCCUGUGCAGAAUGGGCAGGUCUCUGUGGUUCUCUUUGAAGCUCUGCUGGAAAAGUCCGCUUUGGAAAACAAACUGCAGGACUGGGCCAUGGCAGCUUUUCCUCGUCUCCGAGAAAUCCUGGGUGACGAGGAAGCGGUGCAAAGUGCAUUGAGGAAUCAUGCUGAGCCACCUUUGAGGCAGUAUUUGCCCUUCACCGGCUUCGCCGCGUUGCUGACGGAGGCGGAUCCUGGCAUCACGUCUGCCGAAAUUGCCCGGCUUUGGUGCGUGCUGGAAAAAGAUGAUUUCUCAGAUGAACCGCUGGUGAGAUUCGAGGAGUUUCUUCAGUGGAUCAAUGCUGAAGCACCAAAAGUCAAGUCCAAGAAGGACCAUGUCUUCACGUGA